AUGCCGACUGCCUCGAGGAAGACUUCUGCGGACGCGGUGGUCUGCCAAACCUCGCCGCUUUGCCGCCUCCCGCCAGACGUUCUUCACGCCAUCUUCUUCCAAACCAUCACCAGCCAGAACUUCAUAAUCUGCAAGCAGCUGCUCCCGAACACCCUGGAAGCCCUGUACUGCGACGUGGUGAUCAGGAAAUCGCAGCAACUAGCGUGCUUCGCCAGCUCCCUAAAGAUUCGUCCGGCCAACGCCCGAUCCGUCCGCUUCUUGACCUUGGGCAAGACGAUCCGUUACGACUUUGGGCAAGGGUCGCCAAUCAAGUGGCUGUCCGACGAUGAGACGCACGGUUCGGGCCAGCUCCCAACAUCAAUCUCCAAACUUGAAUGGGAUGGACGGCUUUCUUACCGCCCUGCCUCGAUGGUGGUCGGGAUAGGCCUCUUGAAGGACCUGCUGCGGAUUCUGACGAAUGUCAGGACCCUCGAUGUCACCAGCGUCCCUCUCCUCGCGUCUCUUUUCGCCGCAGACUACCUCGAGUCCCGCCCGUUCAGCAAACUCCGCAGUCUCUGGCUUCAGGUGGAUGUCAAUCAGCAGACUAGGGAAGAUUGGGACGGAGCCUCUCUGGCUACAUUGGCCCGAAACCUUCGCCUCAUUCCCUCGCUAGGGCGGGUCGGCCUCUACUACAACGUCGACGCCCUUCCGGUCAACUUCCUCAAUCUCGAGCCUUCCUUCGCCAUCGCACCGAGGAGCUGGCAGAUCGACUACCUCGCCAUACGCAGAUUCCGUCGUCUCGGGCCCGAAACGGCGGUCCUGUUCUCCUCGCUCGCCCCAACCGUCAAGACGGUCAUCAUCGACACUAUGCUGAUGCACAGACGCCUAUUCGACGACUUGGCUUGCCUGCCCGCCAGCAUCAGCCUUCUUAGCCUCGACCUUGGCUGCGCAUGCUCGAAGGAACAUCCGACCUCCGACUGGAUCUUUCCGGCUCUAUCGUCGUCAAUUGAGCAUCUUGUCAACCUCGAGCACCUUCACCUGACCGGCAACAUCGUCUCCGUCGAGACGUACGACGCAAUCUCCGGACUUUCGAGCCUCAUCUGCGUCUCUUUCGGCGCACACACCGCCCUCUCUCUUCCUCACCUCCUUAAGCUCAUCAAGCGCGUCCCGCCGAGCCAGCCGAAGCUCCAGAACCUCUACGUCAUGACGUGCGAGUGUCCGUCGCCAGGUCCGGACAAGCAGCGGCCGAACUUCCCUUCCGGCUUCGGGCCUGCAGAAGUCGACACCCUCAUCAAGGAGACGCGAAAAGCGCGCGUCAAGCUCUCCGGCACGAUCUACUGCACCACCGGCAACUGCACGCACAAACGCGGGAAAGUUUGUCCCUUCCCUCGCAACAAGUCGACUUCGUAG